AUGACCAUGCCGCCUCACGUCCACCUCAGCUCCUUCAUAUCAGUAUCGUGCGACGAAGACAUGUUCACCCUGCCGCCGCGACUCAACAUCAUCCCAGCUGUCUCCCGGAACCCCUUCAGCACAGCUUAUUAUCGUGCCCAGGAGCUCGCUUUCGAGCAGGAGGAUGCUCCCUACCGCACCUACCAGCUCGCGUGCUACACCGCGCGACCGCCUCGGCCGCCGACCACCCGGCAUGCUGUCGCCGCCACCACGAGGCAACGACUCGCGCCGAAGAGAGGGAACGGAAGAUCGCCUUGGCGCGCCGUGACUCUGGUUCUGCGGCUUUUGCUGGGCUUGCCCUUUGCAAGCUGGAUAAUGGUCUCGAGAGCUGGAGCUGAACUCGGCUGCUAUGUCCUCCGCACGGCCGAUAAUUUGCGCUUCUGGUAUAGACUCCAUGUGCACGCCUCGUGGCUCGCAUAUCGACCUACGCGGGGGUCCCUGCUCGGCUCGACCGUGAAGGCGGCUUGCGCUGCAAUGCUAUUGCAUCAUGUAUACUGUAAGUUGGCCGACGCAGAUGAUGGGCCGCGAUACGUGCUAGUGCACGAAUGCCGCAUAUGGUCGGGGCCGUUCAAAGCAUGA